AUGACCGCCGAGCCUUUGUCGCUGGAUAAUGGCUUUCAAACGGAACCAAAAAGACGUCCCGUCGUCAUCCAGAUCCACGAGGUCCCCGUAACAUCACCUCUUGGAGAGAAAUCGGAAGAGCAGGCGCAAGAAUUUGUGGAUGUUUUCGGCAAGGCUGGAGCUGCCAUACUGGACGUGAAAGCCACCAUAACAGAGAAGUUCAGCUUGAAGGAGUCACGAAGCGAUAAUCUUUUCCGCUCAAGGAAGGCCCUGCAAUCGAUAUGUCGAAGGAGAUCGUCGCUGGGUUCAGUCGAUGGACAAGACUGGGGCUCCGAAGCCCGUGGAUUGGAUGUACAAAGGAAGCUCAUAGACUUUCCAAGCUUGGGUGCAGCACAGUUGUCUGGAGAGGAGAACGGUAGACGACAUUCGACCGUCGCGACGCAUUUUUCUUCUUCAGCGCCGAGAGACUUUUCCUCUUUAGAGCCUCUCGGCGCUCGAUACAACUCUCUUUCUCUUGGACUACCAUCAGUCGCGCAGUCCUGGCCGCACCUCAACCACUUAGAUCUGUCGUCUGUGAAUGGAUCAUGCGGAAUAGUGCCACCAUUGACACCUCCUGAAGAGCUUGGUCCUUUCAAGUGGGAACCUGCUGUACUAGCGGACUCUGACCAGGGCGUGCGCACAGUAUCAAACGUUGGGCAAAAUCAGCCGCGCGGACAGAGUCACCAGCAAUCACGCAACAGUUCAACGUCUCGACCGUCAGAGAUUCAAAUGCCGGACCGAUCGAGUAUGGGACAGGAUGAACAUGGUCGGUCUAACUGGCUGGGGCGAGCUUGUCAACAACUUGUGGCCUCCCUCGGAGACACGGCGGCUCAGCAACAAAUUCAAAUGGUCGUUCAGGCAUUGCCCUCUCAAGGAAAAUCUGCAAAUGUCAAGCCACUCUUCGAAAAGGUGGUUGAAGCAGUCGAAAAUCAUUACACCUACCCACCGUACAUCACAAUUACGCACGCGGUAUCUCAGGUCAUGAGCAUGGACGAAGUCCCAGCCUCGCCACCAGCGACCCCGAACACAAACUAUUCCAGCGAUGAUUAUUUUCAAGACCAAACGAUCUUUACUCACGCUGCUGUGGUUCCAGCGUACCAUCACCAACCGACUGUUCCAGUGAGCAUCGGGGCUCGACCUAGUAACAUAAUCACUGCACCCAGCAGCAUACAUCUGUCCAUCUUGGAACGCUACAUUCCACCCACGACGGCCGAAGAGGUCAACGACUUUUUCACUCUCAGCAGACGCUCUUACCUUGCAGACCGCCUUCUUGAGCUCUCCUCCAACAAUGGCACUAUGCUUCUGGUUUAUCCAACUAAAGACGGGGCGUCCACGUUUGCGAACAGAUACAUCGGGCCUAUCAUUGAACCCUUCCUCCGGCAAUUCAUCCUCGUGAAUGGACUGUAUAUACAUGUUGCAGCGAAGCUCGGCCGCAUGGCAUCCGUGGAAGGAAUGAAGAGCUUCGAGGAGAUGGAGAGAUUGGUGGCUGCCAUGUGCGAGAGACUGAACCAAAGAUCACCUCCACGAUCUCUGCCUAGUAGGUAUGAGAUUGUGCAUGCGGAAACAGCCGAGGUUGUUCUAGACAACCCGACAUGGAAAGACUGGUACAUUGACCAGGAGCAGCCGCGCCUGAGACAGAAUCUGGUGGAUUAUCACAAAGCAGGCGGUCGGAUGCCGUCUAGAGUUGGACAGAUGGAGGUCACCACUUCAAUGCUGGCGCGAGAAGUCGUGGACGGAAUACGUCAAAGUCGAGAGACGGCAGGUAAUGCGGGUGUGGAAGUCGGAGUGUUUGUCAUACGGCGAUCGAUGGUUUGA